CCACUGCGGCAGCGGCGGGGGGGGGGGGGGCAGAGACGGCGAAGCUACCGGGCCGGGCCGAACCAAGGGGCAGUGGCUGACAGGGGCGGGCGGUACCACUCGGGGAGGAGGGGGGCGUGUGCCGGGCCGGGCCGAACCAUGCGGAGGCGCUGGUAGGGGGAGCGCGGGGGCGGCGGUUCGGUCCCGGUGCCGGUGCCGGUCCCGGGUCGGCCAUGGCCUCGAACUGCGCGGGGGGCUCGUCGGCGGGGGGCGUCGGGGCGGCGCUGGGCUCGGCGCUCAGCGCCAGCAAGACCAAGACCAAGAAGAAGCACUUCGUGUGCCAGAAGGUGAAGCUGUUCCGGGCCUCGGAGCCGCUGCUCAGCGUCCUCAUGUGGGGGGCCAACCACACGAUCAAUGAACUCAGCAAUGUUCCUGUCCCUGUCAUGUUAAUGCCCGAUGACUUUAAAGCCUACAGUAAGAUUAAGGUGGACAAUCAUCUAUUCAACAAGGAAAACUUGCCAAGUCGCUUUAAAUUUAAGGAGUACUGUCCACUGGUGUUCCGAAACCUACGGGAAAGAUUUGGGAUCGACGAUCAAGAUUACCAGAACUCGGUGACACGAAGCGCCCCGGUGAACAGUGACAGCCAGGGCCGAUGUGGGGCCCGGUUCCUCACCACCUACGACAGGAGGUUUGUCAUUAAGGCAGUGUCAAGCGAGGAUGUAGCCGAGAUGCACAACAUCUUAAAGAAGUACCAUCAGUUCAUAGUGGAGUGUCACGGGAACACCCUCCUGCCUCAGUUCCUGGGCAUGUACCGGCUCACCGUGGACGGCGUGGAAACCUACAUGGUGGUUACCAGGAACGUGUUUAGUCACAGGCUGACCGUGCACCGGAAAUACGACCUGAAGGGCUCAACAGUAUCCAGGGAAGCAAGUGAUAAAGAGAAGGCCAAGGAUCUGCCAACGUUCAAGGACAACGACUUCUUGAAUGAGGGUCAGAAGCUGCAUGUUGGAGAAGAGAGUAAAAAGAACUUCCUUGAAAAGCUGAAGCGGGACGUGGAGUUUCUAGCUCAACUGAAGAUCAUGGACUACAGCCUGCUGGUUGGGAUCCACGAUGUUGACCGGGCAGAGCAGGAAGAGAUGGAAGUAGAGGAUCGGGCAGAGGAUGAGGAGUGCGAGAACGACGGUCUCAGUGGCAACCCCAUUUCCUCUUACGGCACACCCCCUGACAGCCCGGGCAACCUCCUCAACUACCCUCGCUUCUUUGGGCCUGGAGAGUUUGAUCCUUCUGUUGACGUCUAUGCUAUGAAAAGCCACGAAAGUGCUCCCAAGAAGGAAGUGUACUUCAUGGCCAUUAUAGACAUUCUUACGCCAUACGAUGCGAAGAAGAAAGCUGCACAUGCUGCCAAAACGGUGAAACAUGGGGCUGGGGCAGAGAUCUCCACCGUGAACCCAGAGCAGUACUCUAAACGCUUCAAUGAAUUUAUGUCCAAUAUCCUGACAUAGUCGUCUUCAGCCUUCAGCGAGAAAUGAAGAGAAGAGGGGCUACUUCCAAACAGAAUGCAGCCUGUGACACUAAAACAGACACUGUAGCAGCAUGUGGGGUGUGCGUGCGUGUGUGCGUGUGUGUGUGUGAGCAAGAGCGAGUGUGUGGCACUGUGUGACUUAAAAGAAAACUAAUUCUAGGUGCACCCUCCAACCGUCCACUUGACCCAGGUGGAAAAGUGGGUUUUUAUGUUACAGAAGUGCCCAGACAUAGAUUUGAGGGCUUUUUAAAACAAGAAAAGUGCAUUGUUUCAGCACUGCUCUUUCUAAUGAUGUUUUCUCCUCUCUGAUCCAGAGAAUCCUGUAGGGAUGUGACAUGUGGCACUGUAUAAAAGGGGUCGCUCUAGAUCGUGGUCAGUGAGAGUGAAGCAGUGCCUGAUUCCACAAACUACUACUACUUUUUUUAUUGGACUGUCUUUACCAGGAAGACGUACAAGCCCUUUUAUUUCCCUCUUGGUAGGAAUUGGAAGGAAAAUUGCUCACCAUUUCGAGGAUGGAAAAUAUUACUCUGAUAAGGAGGAGUUGCUGAACUUUAACUAGGUAAAUUCAGACUGGGACACUUUAUAUUUUUUGGUUAAUUUAAGUAAAGAAAACUUUUUGUAACUGCACUUGAUUUACAAGAAAGUUGAGGGAAAUGAACAUCUACCAAAGAUGAUCAUGUAAAAAGGUGUAACUCCUAAGAGCCUAAAAAAUCAGUGUGAGAAGUAGUAGAGACCUUGAACAGCCUCUGAAAAUAAUGUGCUUGGCCCCGUCAUGCUUUCAAUUGGCUAGCUAUGAAGAUGUCAUAAAAGAAAAACAUUGCAUUUUGUACCUGUAGAUUUGGGAUUGUAUUUGACUAUCUGGAACAUUUUCCUGUCACACCUCAGUCGGGAAUUGCCGUGUCUCUUAGAUUACAGCUUCACAUCACAGUUCUGCCAGUGUUAAUCUAGCUAAUGUUCGUCUUCCUAACUCACCCAGUCUGCAACAGGUACUUGGAUUUGUUUCCUGACAGAGGUUCUUUGGCUAGGUGGUUUAUUUUUUAAAAGGCAAUGCGACUUGCACGCGACGGAAUUGGACUGGCUGCCGGUGGGGAGUGCUGGAGCUGUGACUGUGGAGCAAGUUCCACUGCUCAAGAGGACUCGGGCCUUGAGCUGUGGUUGUUUUUACUCUUCUGCGCUCCGUACCCCUCUCUAGAGCGACAGCCGAGGAGUGGAAAUGUUUGAACACUUGCGCCAGAUUAUUUUUUCCCCCUAAGGAAUUGGAACUGAUUUGUGUGACUGAAUAACGUCCUGUUUUGUCUCCAGAAUGCUUGUAAUUUUUCACAGCCAAGCUUGUCAGACUUGCUUUGGGUUUCGUUAGCUCUGCUGCACAACAGUUACAGACCUUUUGGUUCUUUUUUUAAUUUUCUUUUUCUUUUUAAGCAGGAUUUAGCAUUUUGAACAAACCUCUUGCAGUUGAAACGUUGCUUAUCUGCCUUGAAACUGUUUUCACAUAUGCCUUUGUUUCGGGAAUAAGCUGUUUCGAAUGUCUGUCCUGUGCUGUAAUGCGUGCUACAGUUUGGUGUGUGGAAUUUGGUCCUUUUGAGAGAUAACUGGUGCUCAUCAUGUCCUGGUAACUUCCCUAGACUAACGGUAGCUCUGGUCUGGAUUCCGAAUGUGGGCUUGUUUUUUUUUUUUUUUAUGUUCGUACCCACAUUCUUGAUGCGAAUCCCACAGGUCUCAGCUUUGAAGGGACAAAAGGGGGCUAAAGUUUCAGCCCAUGAGAGUGCACUGUAAAUAGAGUCUUUAAGAAGUCAAAAUUUAAUAUUAGGGGUCGUAAUGGGAUAUGAAUCUUUUUUUCCUUCAUGGAUCAUUCCCCUUGACAUGGGACAAAUUUCUUCUGCCGCUGUAGCGCAGUCCCUAUUCUGUGUAACGUGGGGGCUAACACACCGUUGUCUGAGAGUCUGAAGAGUCUCGUGUCUUAAGGUGUGUAGCUGGAAAAGCCACAAAACAAAUGCAGAUAUGAGAACACUUUAUAAAGGGAGGAAAUAGAGGGUGUCAUCAGUUUAGUUUUGUGGGCAUUAUAUUGGUUGCUUUUCUCUUAAACAAUAAGCACUUAAGUUUACUAUAAAUUAGAAAUUAAAUACCAGUCACUUUUUAUUCCUGACAGUUUUUUAAAUCUGCAUUGAAUCUGCAACUUUGGCCUGGUAAGUUUGCCUUUCUCCUUUGGGGAAGUUAGCUGGUACCUUUUAAACUGUUUAUCUUCAAGUCACAUAUUAAAAAAGAAAUGAAAAUGGGGGAGGAAGAGAGAAGGAAAUUAGUAAACUGCAGACAUACGACAAAGAGACACUAAAAACAACCAACCCAAAGACAGUAGAAGGAUGAAGCUGGCAUAGCUAGGAGCCACAAUCUCAUUCACUGAAUUUCAUAAACAGGAAUGAAAUUAAAAUGCAGUUAGUUCUUGGAGCAAUCUUUACAGAACUCAUGAUAUUAAGGGCUCAAGAGUAGUUAACUGUAUUUUCUUACCCCACUAAAAAAGGGGAGAAGAACUGCUAGAAUUAAAUUGGCUGUCUCUGGCUCAAGUGAUACGAAAAGCCCUAUAAACUCUAUUCACUUUUAGCACUUCCCCAAUUCUGCCACUUCUGUCGAGUUGCCAUAUUGUGUAUAUUAAAGUAAUUAAAUGCAAUUUUCUCACUUAAUGAUGUAUUACCCAGGUAUGUAACUUUGUUUAACAUAAGCAUUUUGUAUAUUGUUUACAUUUUGAGAGGUAGCAUUAUGUUAAAAUGCUAAUUUUUGUUUCUAGACAGUAUUUUUAUUACCAGAAUAAGAGGUGAAGCUGCAAAUAUUUGAUUUGUUUUAAAAGGGACUUUUGUUUUUGUUUUGUUUUGUUUUUUAAUCUUGUUUUAGGUCACUUUUUUAACUCAAGUAUUUAAAAAGAAAAUGCAGCCCUUUCAAUCCGGGUUUUACAACUGCUUGUGCUAGUUUGUUGUCUGUUUCUGGUGUGAAUUUAGUUCUAGUUUGCUGAAUGUAGAUAUUUCUGUCUGUAGCAUGUACCCUGCAGAACACUUUACACUGAAGUGCAUUUGACUGAAAAACAGCGCUCAGCCGGAAGAGUUGCAGUAGGUGGACAGAUCACUCAGAUCCCCGUCAGAGUGCAGGAGAGUCUCUAACAUGAGAAGUUACUGCUUUAUUUUUUCAAGAAAUUGCAGUGCAUUUCUUGGUCAACUGGAGGGUUUUUUUUAAAAAAAAAAAAACAAAAAACUUAGUGUGCAGUGUCUCUCUCCAGUACCUGAAGGCAGUUUGUGUUUGGGAGGGGAGCUGCAGGAUUCGUAGUCCUGCCUAUACCGAAGGUCUCUCUCUUUCUGAAUGUGGGCCUAAUCUGUCAAAAUCAAGAACUAAAAACUCCCUUGAAGCUAGACCAUGUCUCUUCCCCUUUGAGAUCGCUCCUAGGGCCUAAAAGAGAGUGGGAGAAGAAAGGCAGAGUGAAGAGUCCCAGUUCGGGUGCUGUUCUGCCCCAACAGUGCAAUAAAAAAACACUCGAGAACAUGAUGGGUCACCCUUUAUAUAGGAACCACUUGUUCUGGAGGUAGCAGGCAGCACCUGGCCUCUGUGCCAGCUUUGUCAGUGCUAGGAGAGGGCCUGGCGGCAGCAGGAGUUCACGUCUCUCAGCAAGGAGCGGUGGAAUCCUUCCCCCUUGUCUCAUAUGCUGCCUCUGAUUGAUCUGGUGUUAAUUAUGAAAGCCAUGAUGAUACAAUUUAUCCCUGGGGAAACUUCUGGGGUAGUAGGUGACUACAAAUUUCCUGCAUAAAUGAGGCUGUAGUCCCACAUCCAAAAAUCCUAGUUUUGAAUCGGAUUAUCGUAAUAGUAAAGACACUAAAACACUUGAGUUGUAUUUCUUCCUCUGGGAGAAAGCUCCUGCUUUUUCCUCCAGAGCACGACCAUAGCUACCUUCAACUGGGGACCAGCCUCUUAGCUCAAUAAAGACACAAAGCAAGGUUGUAUUGUAGUUAUGGACCAUGUUUGGUAGGGAUUGUGUCUUAGCCUCAACUGACAGAUGCCUCCCAGUCCUAUGACUACUAUGCAGUCUUUACAGAUGCCUCCUUCAAGCUGCACAAAGGUCAAAAGUGUUUAAUCUUGAGCUGGUACAGACCUUUCAGAAGUCAGUGCAUGUGCUGAAACUUGGUUUGCAACACUGCGUAACUGUUCUGAGACAGACUGUCAUUGCAACAAUAGUUUCAAAAAACAAAAUCGCUGUCCUCUGCUCAUCUGUGUGUUUUUAAUGCCCCAUUUCAGAUUUGCCUGUCAACUUCCCCUACUUCUGCAGAGCCAUUUUCCAGUAUCCAUAUUAGCCACUACUGAUUUUCCUUGCUCUUUGAAAUGAAUUCUUGUGUAAUAGCAAUGGCAAAGCUUGGGGAACCAACUUCUGGUCAUCCAUCAUUUUUAGUGGUUUCAGUUUUCACCACUCAGAACUCGUGCUGUUCUUUGUUUAGCUGCUCAGUGCAGCUGCAUUGAGUUGUGUCAAAUGAGCCUAUUACACACAGGUCACAAGGGUGGGCAGGGCUAAUCAGUGCAACUGAAAAAAUGUGAAUAAAUUAAGUUUAAAACUAAAAGGAAAAAAAAAGCAUUCUAGGUUUUUUCACUGCUGUUUUUUAAAUAGGAAUUUUAAGUCCUCUGUGCUUGUCUGUUUGCUAGGAGCAGUUUGAGACACUGUUACUGUUUUGAAAUGCAUGCAUGUUACAAGAUGAGUCUCCAACCAGAGAAAAAUAAAAUUAAAACUUUGUGUACA